UUAUUAUCUGUGAUUUAUUUCUAUGAAACAUGUUUGUUCUGAUAAAAUGGAGUUGGUGUAAACAGCUUCGGACUACCACCGCGGGGGUGUUUCUGCUCCUGGAAGGACUACUACUAGCUGCCUUAUUAUGGGAUGUUCAUCUUUCCCAGAAGGUGGUGCUCCGAUCACCUCACUGCCCUCUGAUUAAAUCCAUCUUCAUUUCCUCAGAUGUCUCGAUUCCUGGACAUGGAUGAGUUUGGAGAAGCUGCUCGAUUCCUCCGGCUCACCAACCUGGAGCAGCUGGCAGCCAAGGCUCAGGCCUUCGAUGGUACAAAACGCGUCUGGAUGCCAGAUGAAGCUGAAGCCUACAUCGAGGUGGAGAUCAGAGAACUGAACGGAGACAAGACCACCGCGGAGACGAAGGAUGGACGGUUUCUGGUAGUGAAAGAAGACGACCUGCAGCCCAUGAACCCUCCAAAGUUCGACAUGAUCGAGGACAUGGCCAUGCUGACCCACCUGAACGAAGCUUCGGUUCUCUUCAACCUCCGGAGGAGAUACAACAUGUGGAUGAUCUAUACGUACUCGGGUUUGUUCUGCGUGGCGGUGAAUCCCUACAAGCUGCUGCCGGUUUACUCCUCCAAUGUGGUGAACGCCUACAAGGGGAGGCGCCGUGCAGACAUGCCGCCUCACAUCUACGCCAUCGCCGACAACGCCUACACCGAUCUGCUCAAGAAUCGUGAGAACCAGUCGAUGCUCAUCACCGGCGAGUCAGGAGCAGGAAAAACGGUCAACACCAAGAGAGUGAUCCAGUACUUUGCCAUCGUUGCUGCUUUGGGAGAAAAUGUGAAAAAAGUUGGUUCUUUAGAGGAUCAGAUCAUCGAAGCCAAUCCAGCCAUGGAGGCAUUCGGGAAUGCCAAAACCAUUCGGAAUGACAACUCCUCUCGCUUUGGAAAGUUCAUCAGAAUUCAUUUUGGUCCGACUGGGAGGCUAGCAUCAGCUGAUGUUGACAUCUAUCUUCUAGAAAAGUCCAGAGUGGUGUUUCAGCAGCCAGGAGAGAGGAGCUACCACAUCUACUACCAGAUCCUGUCCAGUCACAAGCCGGAGCUCCAAGACAUGCUGCUAGUCACCACCAACCCCUACGACUACCACUUCUGCUCUCAGGGUGUGACCAAGGUGGAAGGCAUCAAUGAUGGGGAGGAGCUAAAUCUCACUGACUGUGCCAUGGACACUCUUGGAUUCACUCCAGAGGAGAAGUAUGGCUGCUAUAAGAUCGUUGGAGCCAUCAUGCACUUUGGCAACAUGAAGUUCAAGAAGAAACAGAGAGAGGAGCAGGCUGAAGCUGACGGCACAGAGAGUGUGGAUAAGGCUGCAUACCUUAUGGGCAUCAGUGCUUCUGAGCUGCUGAAAGGACUUCUGAACCCCCGAGUCAAAGUUGGAAAUGAGUUCAUCGUCAAAGGACAGACAGUAGAGCAGGUGAACUACGCAGUGGCCGCCUUGGCCAAAGCUACUUAUGACCGGAUGUUCAAGUGGCUGGUGGGUCGAAUCAACUUGUCGUUGUACACCGCUCUGCCUCGUCAGUACUUCAUCGGAGUCCUCGACAUCGCCGGGUUUGAGAUCUUUGAGUUGAACAGCUUUGAGCAGCUGUGCAUAAACUUCACAAACGAGAAGCUGCAGCAGUACUUCAACCACCACAUGUUCGUCCUGGAGCAGGAGGAAUACAAGACUGAGGGCAUAGAGUGGACCUUCAUAGACUUUGGUCUGGACCUACAGGCCUGCAUUGACCUCAUAGAGAAGCCAAUGGGUAUUCUGUCCAUCAUGGAGGAGGAGUGUAUGUUCCCCAAAGCCACGGACCACAGCUUCAAAACCAAGCUGUACGACCAUCAUCUGGGGAAGUCACCGAACUUCCAGAGACCACGGCCUGACAAGAAGCGCAAAUAUGAGACGCACUUUGAACUGAUCCACUACGCUGGAGUGGUACCGUACAACCUCACGGGAUGGCUGGACAAGAACAGAGACCCUCUGAAUGAGACGGUGGUGGCGCUCUUCCAGAAAUCCUCCAACAAGCUGAUGGCCGGGCUGUUUGAGAACUACAUCUGCUCCGAUACGGCCAGCGACCCAAAGAGCGAGACCAAGCACCGGAAGAGGAAAGCAGCGUCGUUUCAGACGGUUUCACAGCUGCACAAGGAAAAUCUGAAUAAACUGAUGGCGAACCUACGAAGCACUCAGCCUCACUUUGUCCGCUGCAUAAUCCCCAACGAGGACAAGAAUCCAGGUGUGAUGGAUCCCUUCCUGGUCCUGCAUCAGCUCAGGUGUAACGGAGUCCUGGAGGGGAUCAGGAUCUGCCGGAAGGGGUUUCCCAACCGCCUCCUGUAUGCAGAGUUUAAACAGCGUUAUCGCAUCUUGAAUCCUACUGCCAUCCCAGAGGACUCGUUUAUGGACAGCAGGAAAGCUGCAGAAAAGCUCCUGGGUUCUCUUGACGUGGACCACAGCCAGUACAAGUUCGGACACACGAAGGUUUUCUUUAAGGCGGGUUUGUUGGGUCAGCUGGAGGACAUGAGGGACAGCCGUCUGUCUCACAUCAUUACCAAUGUCCAAGCCAUGUCCAGAGGGAAGCUGAUGAGGAUACAACGGCAGGACCUGAUGAGAAAGAGGGAUGCUUCAACGGUGAUCCAGUUCAACCUCAGGGCCUUCUUCUCGGUUAGAACUUGGCCGUGGAUGAUGAUGUUCUACAAGCUUCGUCCACUUCUGAAGACCGCCCAGGUGGAGAAGGAACUGGCUGCUCUGAGAGAAGACUUUGCCAAGUUGAAGGAGGCUUUUGAGAGGUCCGAGGGGAAGAGGCGGGAGGCUGAGGAGCGGCAGGUGGUUUUGGUUCAGGAGAAAAAUGACCUGGCCCUGCAGCUCCAAGCGGAGCAGGACAACCUGAUGGACGCAGAGGACCGUUGCAAUCAACUAAUUCAGUCUAAAAUAUCACUGGAGUCCAAGUUUAAGGAGAUGCAGGAGCGUCUGGAGGAUGAAGAGGAGAUGAGUGCCACACUGAUGUCCAAGAAGCGCCAGUUAGAAGAUGAAGUGUUAUCACUAAAGAGAGACGUGGACGACCUGGAGAUGACGCUGGCUAAAGUGGAGAAGGAGCGACACGGGGUUGAGAACAAGGUGAAGAACCUCUCACAUGAGAUGUGCAUCUUAGAUGAGUCCAUCGCAUCUCUGAGCAGAGAGAAAGCUGCCCUGGUGGAGGCUCACCAGCAGGCACUGAUCGACCUUCAGGCACAGGAGGACAAGGUCAACAUGCUGGCAAAGGUCAAAAUCCGGCUAGAGCAGCAAGUGGACAAUGCGGAAGCAUCCUUAGAACAGGAAAGGACGGCACGAAUUGACCUCGAACGGACUAAACGUAAGCAUGAGGCGGACCUGAAGCAGUCUAUGGACUCGGUGAAGGACCUGGAGAAGCAGAGGGAGGAGCUGGAGGACAGACUGAAGAAGAAAGACUUUGAACUGGAUCAGUUUCAAGCCAAAAUGGAUGACGAGCGGAGUCUGGUUGUUCAGCUUCAGAAGAGGAUGAAAGAGCUUCAGACUCGUAUCGAGGAGCUGGAGGAGGCACUGGAGGCAGAGCGGGCGUGGCGUCUCAAAGCUGAACGUCAGAGGAACGACAUGGCCAAAGAGCUGGAGGAGCUGGGAGAGAAGUUGGAAGAAGCAGGAGGAGCUUCAGCUGCUCAGAUUGCCCUCAACAGGAAACGAGAGGCGGACUUCCUAAAGCUGCGGCGGGAGUUGGAGGAGGCGGGGCUUCACCAUGAGGCUAUCGCCGCCACUCUGCGAAAGAAGCACUCGGACACGGUGGCAGAGCUCAGCGAGCAGAUAGACGGUCUACAGCGAGCCAAACAGAAACUGGAGAAAGAAAAGACGGAGGUCCAGCUAGAAGCCGAUGACCUGGCAGCAACCGUAGAGCAGCUGACCCGAGCAAAGGGGACAGUGGAGAAGAUGUGCAGGGUUUAUGAGGACCAGCUGAAUGAGAGCAGGAGCAAAGCUGACGAGCUUCAGAGGCAGCUCACCGACGUUUCAACACAGAAAACACGAGCGCUAACAGAAACCGGCGAGUACCACUGUCGUCUUGAAGAGCGGGAUACUAUGAUUGGCCAGCUGCAGCGCUGCAAGGCUAGCUUAAGUCAGGACAACGAAAAUUUGAAGAAGCAACUGGAAGAAGGCAGCAAGGCUCGGGUGGCGUUGGCCCACGCGGUACAGGCAUCCCGUCACGACUGCAGUUUACUCCGAGAGCAGCUAGAGGAGGAGCAGGAGGCCAAAGCCGAACUGCAGAGGGCGCUGUCUAAGGCUAACAGCGAGGCGGUUCAGUGGAGAGCCAAGUAUGAGACUGACGCUGUGCUGAAAAUAGAGGAGCUGGAAGAUGCAAAAAAGAAGCUAGUCGUGAAACUGCAAACAGCUGAGGAAGCUGCAGAAGCUUCUCAGGCUAAAUGUUCCUCACUGGAGAAAACCAAACAGCGCCUGCAAACAGAGAUCGAUGAUGUGAUGACUGAAUCUCAGCGUGCCAACGCUGCUGCGUUAGCUCUAGACAAGAAGCUACGAGGCGUUGACAAGCUGCUGAGCGACUGGAAGCUGAAGUUUGAGGGGAGUCAGACCGAGCUGGAGGCCUCUCAGAGAGAAUCUCGCAGUCUGAGCACGGAGCUCUUCAAACUCAAGAACAGCUACGAAGAAGCUCUGGAUCAUCUGGAAACAGUCAAGCGAGAGAACAGAAACCUGCAAGAGGAGAUCCUGGAUCUGACAGAUGAGAUCAGUCAGGGAGGGAAGACCAUCCAUGACCUCGAGAGGAUGAAGAAGAUCCUUCACGUGGAGAAGUGUGACAUCAGAGCUGCUCUGGAAGAAGCCGAGGGAACGUUGGAGCAGGAAGAAAGCAAGACCUUGAAGUUUCAGAGGGAGUUGGAGCAGAUUCGGGCUGAAAUUGAACGAAAGAUUGCAGAGAAAGAGGAGGAGAUCGAAAACCUCAGGCGGAGCCACCAGCACGCUCUGGAGAACAUGCAGGCCAGCUUAGAGGCAGAGAUUCGCAGUCGUAGCGAGGCAGUUCGUCUGAGGAAGAAGAUGGAGUCAGACCUGAACGAGAUGGAGGUUCAGCUGGGACACGCUAACCGGCAGGCAGCUGAAAGCCAACGGAUCAUCAGACACCUGCAGACACAGGUCAAAGAGCAGCAGGUGGAUCUAGAAGAGAAAGUCCAGCUGACCAAUCAGCUCCAAGAACAGAUCAUCCUGUUGGAGCGACGGUGUUCGCUGUUGACAGAGGAGGAGAGGGAGUUACGAGGGAUCCUGGAGCAGACCGACCACUCCCGAAAGAUGGCUGAGAAUGAGCUGGUGGAGGUGGCGGAGAGAGCCCACCUGCUCACCACACAGAACACAGGUCUGGUGAACCAGAAGAGAAAGCUGGAGACGGACCUGUCCCUGCUGACGGGGGAGGUGGACGAGGCGGUGCAGGAGAGUCGUAGCGCUGAAGAGAAAGCCAGGAAGGCUGUCACUGAUGCAGCUCUGAUGGCAGAGGAGCUAAAGAAAGAGCAGGACAGCAGCACUCUGAUGGAGAGGAUGAAGAAGAACAUGGAGUCCACGGUGAAAGAGCUGCAGAUGAAACUGGAUGAAGCGGAGCAGAUGGCACUGAAGGGAGGAAGGAAGCAGCUUUAUAAACUAGAGACAAGAGUGAAGGAGCUGCAGACGGAGCUGAUAGUGGAGAAGAAGAGGAGCGAGGAGUAUCAGAAAGGACUCCGCCGCAACGAGAGGAGGGUCAAAGAGCUGACUUACCAGUCCGAGGAGGACAGGAAGACUUUACUAAGGAUGCAGGAGCUGAUCGAUAAACUUCAAACCAAAGUCAAGAGCUACAAGAGACAAGCUGAGAACGCUGAGGAGCAGGUGAACAACAGCAACGUACGUUUUCGCAAAGUCCAACACGAGCUGGAUGAUGCGGAGGAGCGAGCAGACAUCGCAGAGACGACUGUCAACAAGCUACGGAUCCGAACCCGCGAACAAACCGCCAAGGUGGCCAUGAUCACAGAGUGAAGGAUGCCUCCUGGUCAGCCUCUACCAGCACACUCGUGUGCCGUUUGCUGUGUUUUUGUUCUUUUUUCUUGAGGUGCUGUUGGGUUUUUAAAUCUUAAGUUUACUCAAAUGAAUCUUGGUGUUAUUUUGAUUGUAGCUUGUGCUGUGAUCUGAAAACUUCAGUUUUUUCAUGUUUUGUCUCCUUUACUUCCUGUUUCAUCUUGUAGUUUGUUUCUGACCCCUGACCUUCACACCUAGUUUGUUUCUGACCUCUGACCUUCACGCCUAGUUUGUUUCUGACCUCUGACCCUCACGCCUAGUUUGUUUCUGACCUCUGACCCUCACGCCUAGUUUCUGACCUCUGACCUUCACGUCUAGUUUGUUUCUGACCUUUACAUCUAGUUUGUUUCUGACCUCUGACCUUUACAUGUAGUUAGUUUCUGACAUCUGACCCUCACACCUAGUUUGUUUCUGACCUCUGACCCUCACGCCUAGUUUGUUUCUGACCUCUGACCCUCACGCCUAGUUUCUGACCUCUGACCUUCACGUCUAGUUUGUUUCUGACCUUUACAUCUAGGUUGUUUCUGACCUCUGACCUUUACAUGUAGUUAGUUUCUGACAUCUGACCCUCACACCUAGUUUGUUUCUGACCUCUGAUCCUAACGCCUAGUUUGUUUCUGACCUCUGACCCUCACGCCUAGUUUGUUUCUGACCUCUGACCCUCACGCCUAGUUUCUGACCUCUGACCUUCACGUCUAGUUUGUUUCUGACCUCUGACCUUUACAUGUAGUUAGUUUCUGACAUCUGACCCUCACACCUAGUUUGUUUCUGACCCUCACACCUGCACGAUAUUAGGAAAACCUGCGAUAUUCGAUAACAGUGCUUAAUAUUGCGAUAUCGAUAUUACUCGCGAUAAACGAACAAAUACUAAAGUAUGCAGUGUUGAUGUCGUCUGGCGUGUGACGUCUGCUCUGGGUUCAAAGCAAACAAAAACUAAUGCAUGAAUCCCAUUACAACAUAACAUUUUUAUUGCAAAAGUAUGCAGCUGCACCCGCUACUGUAUUAGCAGCUGCACCUGCUACUGUAUUAGCAGCUGCACCUGCUACUGUAUUAGCAGCUGCACCUGCUACUGUAUUAGCAGCUGCACCCGCUACUGUAUUAGCAGCUGCACCCGCUACUGUAUUAGCAGCUGCACCCGCUACUGUAUUAGCAGCUGCACCUGCUACUGCAUUAGCAGCUGCACCUGCUACUGCAUUAGCAGCUGCACCUGCUACUGCAUUAGCAGCAAAACAACAAACUGCAUGCAUGCAGUUUUUCAGUGACUUUAAAACAUCACCUCCACCAUAAAACUUUUUCUGAUGCUCCAAAUACAGAAAAACUAAGCCAUUAACAUCACCACCCGGUGGAACACUAGCAACAUGGAGGUGUGUUGGUUCACCGGCACGUGUCGGAGUCAGCCCAGUUACCAUCAGCUGCUUAACGACACCGAGCGGACUCACGUUCACGUUUGAAAGCAGCGCUGAUUCCAGAAACAUCAGCACAAAGUGCGUUCGUUAAUCUGAGCCAGCAUGACGAACAAGGGAGCAGCGCCGCUAACUCAGUUUGGGUGUUGCUUUCCAUCCUAUGGGUCUACGUAGGGGGCGGGCGUAUUACGUGAACGUACCCAUCUGAUUGGCCGCAUAUCAGAAAGGCUACAUUUGAUUGGUCAAAUAAUACUUCCGCGUAAAAAACAGAGCUGGUUUAAAAAAGGUGAUGUAUGACAUGAACGGAAAUGUUUGAACCAAACUUUUAUCGCCGUUUUUGACGUGCUUUGCGAUGGGCCUAUCGCACGUCCUGUUAUCGCGAUGACGAUAAUUUUUCGAUAUAUUGUGCAGCCCUACCUCUGACCCUCACAUCUAGUUUGUUUCUGACCUCUGACCCUCAUGCCUAGUUUGUUUCUGACCUCUGACCCUCACGCCUAGUUUGUUUCUGACCUCUGACCUUUAUGUCUAGUUUGUUUCUGACCUCUGACCCUCACAUCUAGUUUGUUUCUGACCUCUGACCCUCAUGCCUAGUUUGUUUCUGACCUCUGACCCUCACGCCUAGUUUGUUUCUGACCUCUGACCUUUAUGUCUAGUUUGUUUCUGACCUCUGACCCUCACAUCUAGUUUGUUUCUGACCUCUGAUCCUCACGCCUAGUUUGUUUUUGACCUCUGACCCUCACGCCUAGUUUGUUUCUGACCUCUGACCUUCACACCAAGUUUGUUUCUGACCUCUGAUCCUCACGCCUAGUUUGUUUUUGACCUCUGACCCUCACGCCUAGUUUGUUUCUGACCUCUGACCUUUACGUCUAGUUUGUUUCUGACCUCUGACCCUUAUGUCUAGUUUGUUUCUGACCUCUGACCUUCACACCUAGUUUGUUUCUGACCUCUGACCUUCACACCUCUGGAUUCGGCUCAAGCUUCUUUGUUCACUCAGAUUGUUGUGGUCUUCUUCUGCCCUGUUUUGCACUUAGGUUUUGGUUUGUGUGUUAUUUCUUCUGCAGCUGGUUUGCCCCUCGGUCGAAAAGAUUUUACUUUUAGAUUUUAGGGACAUUCCUGGGAGGGGACAGGGAACAUACACUGACUCAGUCCUGGCUCGGACUCUGUGCUUCCAUACAAAUUAGCCCUUUAAGAAAUUUGCUAAGCUUUCGGGACAUUGUGACCAUUCCUACUGAAUGACGUCACUGAUCAACACCAAAAGACAUCCGCAGCAGCAGAGAUGGACAAUGGAAGCAGCAGGGCAUGCAGCCAUUAUAGCGCUCCAAGAAAAGGGAGAAAAAACAUGCGCAGUUGCAGUCGGCUUCCAGGAAAAACACCUCAGACAUGAAAGCACAUUUUCAGACAGUCAUAAUGUAAUUAAACAUUAGGUGGGUGGAAGGGGUGGGAAUCCCCAUUGAUCAGAGAAAGACCAGCAGCUACUCAUCAGCGUGACCUUCAACAUCUGCUGCCAGGAACUGGGACGAGAGUUUCAGGGAUGCGCGAGCACGAUGAAAACUGGAAGUGCGUGCGAGCCCGACGUGUUAGAGCGGACAUGCAUGUGUGUGUCAGUGUAAGUGAGUCCAUGAACUUUCUCUCAGUUCAGCUGCAGGUCCGUCGUCUCACAUGUAACAACGUGACCUUCCACAAGCUGGAUCUAGGAGUCCAAGGUCCCGUGUGAGGAAACGGGGAGAGAGGGGUAGAGCAUCUGUCUACAUGAACAUCCCGAUGUUUAAAAUGAACGGCCUUCCAAGGCCGACAGGUGGGGGCCAAAUUCAGAUAACUGUUGUUUUGGUUUGGCUAGAGCCAGUUGUGUCUGCCUCAGUCUCUCAGAGAUCUCUAGUCAUUUCCAAACAGCUGAACAUAGGGUCGGUUUCCACAGAGCUGUAAGCUUCCCCAAGUUCUGAUCCAUUUCGCAGACUGGUUCUGAAACAAAAGCCAGUUUGCUGGUCAGAGCAUUCAGCUUCUGGUCAUUCAACGCGAGAGUCUGAGUGCUCACAGCCCGACACAUCAUUCAUUGCUAAUUGCUCCCAACAGCUACUGAACCUUGUGAUAUGCCAGAAACCUGCUCGCUCCAGAACCAGAAUCCCCGUUAUCAUGAGUCAAAUGUUAUCUUCUCCAUCUUAAAACAGAGAGCAGCGACAGACACAUAACCUUCCAUUCCAGGAAUCCAUCAUGUGUCCUACCGGGUGGGUUCCAUCAAGGCAGGAGUCACCCCCUUCUUCCUUCUUAACGUGGAAAAAUGUUAUCGAUGGCAUUCAGAGACCAGCUUACCAGAUCCAUAAUUAGAGAAAUUCAGAGGAAAAUGCGGAGAGGCACUCCAAGUAAGACAGCACAAAGAACAGCCAGGCAGACUGAUAGGGAUAGCUGUUAGGGUGAGUUUAAAACCUGAAAUGGAAGAACAGUGGAUGUGGCUAUUUCCUGUGCUCGAUCGUUCAGCCAUUUUAUUUAUUAUGUAUUAAAAGCUAAGGAAUGAUACUUUUGAUCUUGACAUUCAUCCUGGGACUUUUUCAUUUCGGGAUAACGUUGUGGUUCUUUGUGUUGCAUGAAACUGUGCUUUCUGGUGUGGGUGGAGGAUAUAAUCUAUUAUUGGAAUCAUUGUGGUGCAGAAAUAAACAAUUCUGAUUUAAAAAAUGUCC